GUCACGAGAAACGUAACGUUUGCCUUAGUAUUUGACGAGGUAUCAGGCAGUAGAGAAAACUGUAACUGCCAACACAUUGUUGGCAUAUACGUUUCGUGUAGCUAUGAUUAUGAAUAUGAAUAAUUUACUGUGUCGACGUUGUGCAGAAUGGCUUUCAUGCAAUCUUGAAUUUGUUAAUGAGUGAAGUAACAUAAGCUGAGCGAGAAAGCAGCAUAUACAGUAGAAACGCCUAAAGGUACCGCCAGCAGAAUUUUUUAGCCGUUUUUUUUUCAGGAAUUUUGGUACAGUAGACCUACAGAUUAAAUAAAUAGGCUACCCAAUGGCGUAAAUAUGAUUAAAUUUUAUCUACGUUGCGCCAGAAAACAGUUUAAUUCCUAAGAAAAUUAGGCGUUUUUAAAAUUUUGGAAGGUGGCAAUUUGUGGAAAAUACCAAAAUUUACGAAACAAACACGUUUUUUUGGGGUGUAAAAAUUACAGGUUCGUUUUAAAAUAUGUGAAACGUGGGCAAAAGGCGUUAUAUGAUAUUUUUUAGUUCUGCUUCGUUGCAACUUAAGUUGACCCAAUACAUAAUUCGGUGUUCGGUUAAAAACAGACUGUAAUGCAAUAUAGUGGUACGUGAGAACAGACACGUUUAGUUUGUGAUUUAUGCAGUUGCACUGUUUAACGAUAAAUCAGGUAAUUCCAGGUCGCAUUCUACCUAAAACUACUUUACAUUUGAUCGUGAACUCACUCAUUAGUUCUGGGUUGAAUUAACAUUUAAAUGCCCAUAUAAUCGUAACCGUUACGCACGUACAAAACUACGUGAUUUGAACUCGCAACUUAAACUUUAGUAAACUCUUUCCAACGCGCCAGACGCAUAAACAAUUUGUAUAGGCGCGGAAAUUUGCCGAUGGUUGAAAGAAACGUUUUUUAAGCCACGCUUCGUGUUAAUUUCCUCAAACCGCAACGCUGCGUCAUCCACUAAGUCACUGCACGAAUUUCAGCAGUAGCAGCAGGCGGACGCACAAGAUAUGGAAAAGCAAACAUACAAACUUCAUCUGUGUCAGUUUGCCCUGUCCUGUAUUUUAGCCAUUUUUACAUUACCUUAGAAAGUUAAAAGAAUGUUAGAAAGGCCUUUAGUGGUUUAGGAUUGAGUUGGUAGUAGCCGUAUACAAUGAGCUUACCACGGAAGAAUAUGCCUACCGUGGCGUCCUUAGUAGGCAUAUCAAGUCUCGACGAGACACCUCAGCAGCAAGACAGUAAGCACAGCAGCACCCAACAACUGCCAACAUUCAUACCUCUACCUGUGUUUCGCUUCAUUGGACCGAACUCACCGCCAGCAGAAUCCACUCCUGCGAAAAGCAGUGUCAGCAAAGAAAAUGGGAAAGCACGGAGAAACACACUAGCUUCGAUAUUUUUCGGUGAUUCGACGCCGGUUCGAUCUUCCAGCUUUAGCCAGCCUGAAUCAAAGUACGUGACGUCACCGCUAGUGACGUCAGAAGCAGCACGAAAACGUUUUGAUACUGAGAAACGGCAUAGUUUACCAUGUGCCACAGGACCCUUACUUAGUCCAAAGGAAGAAAAAGAACCAGAAACACCAGUUAAACAACUUAAUCAACUUGAAGAUCCUAUCAGUACAAGUCUAGUGACCCUACGAGUACGAGCGGGUGCUCGCCCAGUACCCUACAGUGGUCAUUUCGACGGUGAUAAUCUUUCUGUAGCCAGUAUGUCACGGGAAGGGAAUUCACACCGGACGAAGUCGGUUCGUAAUAACGAAGAUGGGUUACGACACAACCGACAAAGUGGAGUCGCAGACGUGGCAAGAAUGAUGGUACCGCGUAUGAUAAACGAUGAAAGCGAAUUAAACAGUCAUGAAUUGGAUUUACUUCACUUUGCCGCGGAAGGCGACUUAGAAGGACUUCAAACUCUAUUCCAAGAACAAACAUACUAUCUGUUCCAUCUAAACGUCAACUGUGUGGAUUCUUUGGACCGAACAGCGCUGAGUUUAUCAACUUUAAAUCAUCAUCUGGAUGUUGUGAAGUUUUUGCUCGGCGAAGAUGUUUUUGGUAUUAAACUUGGCGAUGCGCUCUUUUACGCCAUCCAGUGUGAGUUUAUUGAAGCGAUUGAGCUUCUUUUGGAAAAAGAUCCCCAGACGUCAUUGCAAGUUCAACCUGGUACCACGUCACCAUUUGAACCUGGUCUUACACCGUUUAUGUUGGCCGCACACAAGAACAACUACAAAAUUCUCUCUGUGCUUUACAAGUACACACAUCGGUUAACGUUCAGUGACAAUGAGUUGUUACAAGACGAAGGAUUUGAUCCAUAUUCGUGGGACGCUGUGAUGGAACGGUUGUUGCAUUAUCGUGCUCGUGCCAGUCCUGCUUUUAUGUUGCUUAUGUACAAUGAAAAGGGCAUGACAUGGGAUCCGCUUAACUCAUCCAUGGACCUCUUCAGUGAGUUGCAUGAGCUUGCAAGAAGAGAAAGAGAGGUAGAAGAAGCAUAUCUUCAAAUGGCGAACCGAUGCGAGACUUUUGCUCUUCAACUGCUGGAGGAAGUGAGGUCAGCGAACGAGCUUGCCGAUUUAAUGCGGUACGACCUUGAUGACGAUAUGGAUGACGUCAGUGAACUCGAUGACCCCGGAGAAAGCGACCGCAUCACGCCGGAAAGAAGGCAGAAGAUUCGAAAUUAUCUCAAACCGAUUAAAAAGGCGAUCAAAUACGAAAUGAAGGAUUUUGUAACUUCUGACAAUUCUCAACUUGCUUUAAUUUAUAUUCAAAAAGGAAGUAUGUUUCGACGCCUUAAAGGAUUUAAAGGCUCUGUAGUGCAGGUUUUAUUUGGUAUGCUGUUCCCAGUAUUAAGUAUGGCAUUUCUAAUUGCGCCUCAGUCGUCGUUCGGUUGUUUAAUGAAAAAUCCAACCAUAAAGUUUUGGUGCUGGGUCAUAUCUGAAGUGGUGUUUGUUAUUAUGCUUCUUGUCAACACUAUUUUAAUGCAAACAAAUACAUUUAAAGACCUGGAUGCAAUAUCACCGUUACUAGUUGUGGCGUACUUUUGGGUGCUUGGAAAGUUCAUACAAGAAAUCAGAGAAGUUUUUCAUCAGGGUUUAAGGGAAUACUUAUCUGACGUUUGGAACUGGAACGACUUGUUUACCAUACUACUGUAUACAUGUUUCAUGAUACUUAGGAUCGUACACAUCAUACAGAAUAACGGAGACUUGACACGUGGAACACCAUACUGGCAUGAAACAAUGUUUCAAGCCCUACCUCUAUCCGAUAUCUGUAUAGCUGUUUCCUAUAUCUUGAUCCAUAUGAGGAUAAUGGAACUUCUAAGGGCGGCUCGUAGGUUCGGUCCGUUACAGGUUUCUUUGGAUCUCAUGCUGCACGACGCAAUUCGGUUCGCCAUCAUUUUCGGGAUUAUAUUUCUAGCUUUUGGAAGCGGUAUAACUGAGUUGUAUACACCAUAUGGGGAAAACAAAAACUGCAGCUGUAACUCAACUACCGUAUGUAACGCGAGCUUGCCGUUGGUACAACUAUGGGUGCCAUCUCCUCCCAACAGUUCAAUGCUACCCGCUUGCGUUUCGUGCAAAAAAAUAUCCGAAGGCAAUGAAGAGACUUUUAUGAUGACAAAGAUUGAAUUAGCUUUUAUUGGGAUGUUUUGGACUUUGUUCGGUUACGGGGACCCGACGAAAUGGUAUCCCAUUGAUAACUGUCCAAACACUUUCAAAUUGCAAGAAUUGGUUGGCGCAGUGAUCAUCGGUCUCUACCACUUUGGGGCAAUCAUAGUUCUUGUGAACAUGCUUAUUGCUAUGAUGAGCAACAGUUUUCAAAAAACACAUGACGAUUCAGAAAGAGAAUGGAAAUUUCACAGAACCCAGCUUUGGUUAAAAUUCAUAAGAAAUGAGAUAAAUCGGCCGCCUCCUAUGAACUUAAUACCAAGAUGGAAACAAGUUAAACGAUGUUACAGAUUCGUAGCUAAACUGUUCAGUUCGCUAUUCUCAAGUUGCCGAAGCACAAAUGAAGAAAUUACAGAUUUCAGUGAAGAAGCAUUAAGAAGGCGAAGUCAGCAGUUAAACUUGCAAAGGCGGAGAACGGGUGUUGAACAAACGUUACCAGGAGGUGGAACUUUAUUUGAAGGCGAAAGUCGAUAUUCCAAAGUUCUCAGAUUAGUUGUUCUUCGUUAUGUUAAAAAGAAAGUUUUACAUAACGAAAUGGUCAUAUGAUUUACAUAUCUUUCUCUGCUGAGUAAAAGCAAGUGCGACAAAUCUGAUAUAGUAUGUCCUACGACGAUGCAGAGACCGAGGGAUCAUGUAUUCGAAACUCCACAGCAUUACUUUUUAAUUAUUUUUUUGCAUUGCAGAUCCUUUUUUUCAUUCAAGCUUAGACAGCCAGCCUUUUAAAAUACCUAAUAUAUUUGCCUGUAAUAAUUCACUCUUUAAAUAAUUCUAAUGCUUCGCUUUAUAUUCUUAUUACCUUUAUGCUUUACGAAAACAGCAGAAUUAUCGCAAAUACACUUUAUGAGUUAUGCAAUCAUACUUAAUACAAUUCCUUCUUUUUCCUAGUUGAGAAGGUGUUUGUCUGUAUUUUGUAACCCUGCAGUUGUGUUUUCCACUUUUAAAGCUUUUGGUUUUAUUUUCAUGAACUUUGUGCUUCAUAAAAUGUAUUUAAAUUUGCUAUUCUUUCUUUCUAUCAACCAAAUUGACACGCGGAAAAAGAAAACAACAUUAAAUCAGA